UAUGUGUUGGCAGUGAAGGCAUCAAAGCAUUGACUCAUUGACUGAACCAUUGAAUGAUUGAUGUAAUGAUUGUUUACAUAAUUUGUGGUCAAAUCUGACGAUUAAAAGGUUGCCAUAAAUCUGAUGCACAAGUGAUCGGAGCAUAUGUUUGGUUGUGUCUCGUGGUGACCAAACCUUGGAUGAUGUCUGUGUGUCCAGUGGUGACCCGUUUCCAUGCAUAUCACGGACAGAACAUCAUUCUGAUGGACGACUCGGUGGUGGCCUUCCGGAAGGCCUCCUUCGCCCACGCGAUCGCCUUCUCGGAGAAGCCAUUGCUUCCCAAUGAGAUCUUCGUGAUCGAGAUCGAGCGCAAUGAGCGCGGAUGGAGUGGACACAUGAGGCUCGGACUCACGCAACUGGACCCGUCCUCGCAGUUCACACUUCCGCAGUACGCCUUACCAGACCUCCAGAACGGCGGCAACUCCUGGGUCUUCGCCAUUCCCAACAACCCCGAGGGCACCGACACCUCCGCCUCGACCGCCCGACAGUCGGACAACGCCCACGACGUCCCUCUCGUCGGCGAACAUUCCCUGCAAACCCACGACAAUCACCGCAACGGACAGCGCAGGCAAAGACACCGAUGCAGUCAAAGGUGUCGACACUCAGAGACAUCGAUAUUAGGAAAUGGAGAACAGAUUCGCACGAGUCGUGGAGUGAUUCCCCGGUAUUUGUUGAGACCAGCGCUCAGACCAUCCAAUCUGCAGACCGAAGACAUCAAUGAAUCCGCUUUCGAGAACUCCUUACUCGAAGGCAUUGACAUCAUUGGCAACACUUUGCAGACAAACGGAGGUUUAGAUGCCACGGAUAGCCCGACGCCCUCCACAUCGACCGCGAGCUCACAAUCUCCGCCUCCCUUUCAUCAAAGUUUUGUGAAUCAGAUGUACAGCCGGUGUGUCAUUGAGUCGCCUAACAGUGCGGACUCGUCUAAGAGUGUGGACACGACUGUCAACAUGGGGUACCUGCCGACAGAUGUGGGCAGUAAAGUGGGGGUCAUGUAUGUGGUGAGUGGAGACCAUUCGGCGGACAUGCACUUCAUAUUCAACGGCGAGGACCACGGAGUCUACGCUAAGGACAUCCCUUACAAUAACGGACCACUUUUUGCUGUUGUAGACAUUUAUGGGACGACAAAACAGGUGCGAAUCGUUCAGCUGUACGGCACGUCAUCGCUUAUGAGCGCCUGUCGUAAUGCAAUACUGGCCACAAUCCGGUCCCCCAAAGUCAUACCAUUUCUACCUUUGCCAACAAAGUUAAAGAAUUACUUAAUGUAUCAAUAAAUUCAAUCUUAUGUUCAGUUAAAAGUAAUUUAAUUAAAAAGAGGCCAAAACUAUACAUAAAACAAUACUAUUUCACGAAAACACAUCGUAUAUAUUCGGA